CGGAGAUGACCCGAGUCCCGACUCUUUAAAAUUUCAAACAUUUCGAAUUUUCCCUCUUGUCACUUCUGAUCAAAACAUCCGCUCUCGAAGAAACUUGGCGGAGUAAAUCUUUGCAUCUCAAUGUGUUGAUUAGGGUUCACUAAUUACCAAUCCUAGCUAUUUGGUUCACUUGUGCUGGUAGAUACAAACCCUUUUCAAUUCGAUGGGAGAAGCUUCCGGAAUUUUGGAGAAAGAGAGAGCAUUGACUCACAGCGGUGACUUGAUUGAUUGUUUGAGAAAUGAGAGUGAUAGCAUUUUGUGGAAGCAGUGUUUGGAGCAGUUCAAGCUACUCGAAUCGAAGUCUGAUGCUGAUUUUGAGUUUUCUGAGAGCUCGGUUCAGGAAUAUCAAGAAAAAAUAGAUUCAUGCAAGCAGAAAACAGAUGCAGCAAAAUUUGAGGUUGUUGCAGACUCGGAAUUUGAAAUGCUUCAAAAAGAGUUGGCAGAAGAACUUUGGAGAGAGAGUUUUCUUGGUGAUGAACUUAGAGUCAUUACCGCCGACAUUGAUGACCUAGAGAAUCAGAGGGUUUCUGUUGAAGAAAGAAGGCAAAGUUGGAGGAAACUUGACAAACACUACUUCCGAGCACAGAUGAAGCUUUCAAUGUAUGCUUCGGUAACAAACGUCAUUCCUAAGUUGAAUGAGCCUUCUACAAUAUCAGGCUAUAUUGUAGAAAGGGAAAAGAAAAUAGUUGAGAACUUCGAGUUUGAUCCAGUGAAGAUGACACCAUAUGGUACAUGCACUAGCAUAUGGAAGAUGAUAAACCUCUGAUUAGUUCUCGGACUUCCUUAAGACCUUGACUAGAAGGCCCUUUAGGUGGCAAAUGUUUUCUAGUCGUAGUAACUUCUUGUUAACCUAUUCUAGUUUAUCUUACUAUGCUUCUGUUUAUUAUGAGGUUGGUUCUGUUACAUUUUGUUGUUUUGUAUAUAUAAUUCAGUACCUGUUUACUGGAAGUACUUUGCAUUUGAAGGGUGUGAUGCUUCUGCAUCAGUUUCAGCAAUUCCUAGUUUCCCCGAUUGUAUUAGUAGUACCUAGAGACUCAUGUAGUUUACAGUUUCGGAUUUCAGAAAUGAAAACUAAAUUCCUGGUAUAUUUGCCAGCUUGUACAAGUAUUAAA